AUGGAUUCAACAGAUUUCAUCGCAUCAAGAGCAUCAUAUUUUCGAAAGUUAGAUGAAAUACGUCAAAAUGGAACACUUACAUUCUAUCAGGAUAAAACAUGGUUUAACAGUGGAGAAGAGAAACGAACUAUCUGGAUUGAUAAGCAGGGUCAAGGAAAAAUGCGUACAAAUCAAAGAAAAGAAAACUUUCGCUUUUAUAUUAAAGUACGCACAGCACUUAAUAUCCCAGCAGGAGUGAUCUAUGAUGAACUAUAUUUUGUCUGUGGUGAUCAAGCUCCUUCUUGUACAACAGUUAAAAGAUGGGCUAAAUGGUUUCGUGAAGGCCGAGAAGAAGUUGAAGAUGAAGCAUGA